AUGUCUUCUCAGGACUCUCAACUGCCGCUCCAGAAGAAGAUAGUGACUGCCCUAGAUCUUGCAGACCUCGUUACUCGGGGAACUAGAGCGAACACUACUUUAUCCGACACUACAAUAUCCGACCUCACCUCUACUCUUGAGCAAGACACAGAGGAUCGUCAGGAACUCGAGGCGGCGGUUCACGACCGGGCCCUGGCUAGUCUUGCUUCCCAGGGAUUGGGGGGAAUAACAAAAGAGCAACUGGAGUCGCAGAAGGCUAUCGGGAUGUUGCUGUGCGGUGUUGAACGGCUUCUUAAGUUCAAAGACGAACGAGCCGAGCACUAUCUAGAUAGAUAUCUUCGGGGGUUAUCUUUCAUGAACGGGCUCAUAUUCUCGCAUUAG